AUGUCCUCCACCCAAGAAACCCCGCUCAUCUCCUUUGAUGAUGGCCUCGUCUUCUCUGACGAGGACGAAGAUGUCGAGGGCCCCGUCACUGACGAGGACCCCUUGCCCCCUGACGAAGACUCCAAGUCCUCUGACUCCGGUCGCAUCUCAUCCCCUGGUGCUGUCGUCAGGGCUACUUCCGCCCACUCUGGUGAGCUUGUCAUCGUCGAGGACGUGCAUCCUGCAUCUGUACCCAACCCUAACGGCAACUGCUGGUUCGACAAGCUGCCCUGCGAGAUUCUCGCUCAGAUCGCUGAGGAGCACAAGGAGAUCCUGCUCGAUUCAUCAUGGCCUUACCGCUUUCUGGGCAGCACUGCCAACUUUGCCUCUAUCAACAGGCGCACCAGGGACGCGAGUAUCAGGGCCAUGUUCAACGGAAUGAGCCUCCAUACCUCUGAGGUUAAUCUCUCGACGCGCCUCCAAGCCGUCGAGAACAGAGACGGCAUUCUGAAGUCUGUUAGAUUCUUCACCCUGAGCGUGUCAUCCAUGAUCGAUGCGGGCGACCGCCCCAAUGGCAAACUUCCUUCUCGCCUGGCUGGCAUGAUCAAGCGCAUGCCCUUUCUCGAGGACAUCACGCUCGAGUUCGUGGGCUCCAGUGGCCUCGCUAACUCCUUCGGAACCGCCCUGAACCAUCUUGGCGUCAGCUUCGCUCACCUGAAGGUCUUCGACUGUCAGACCCCUGGCAUUAACAUCGAGGACCUGUCGAUGCCAUUCCCUCAGCUGAAGGUCUUCAGAUUCGCCUUUAUGGAUGGCCCCAUUUCCUCGGUAGCUUUUCGACAGUUUGUUCACCGCCAGCAGCUUCAAGAGAUACUUCUCAAGAAGAAAGACUGGACUUUGGACAGCUUUCGGGAUAUUGUCAAGCCGCUGUCAGGCCAAAGAUCUCUCAGGAACCUCACCUUCGAUGGUUGGCUUUACGAAGUCAGAGUUUCGGACCUGGUGGACGUUCUGUCGUCAAAGCUGUCGAAGCUCAAGAUGCUUCGUCACCUCACCUUGACCGCCCAGCAGCUGAUUGUGCCUCGAGAGGAUGAGGAACCCUUCCACGCCGAUGACCUCGCCCUUCUGUCUCGGACCCACCCGCUGAACGAGUAUGUGGAUGAUAACGCGCUUCAGAUCUUCGAGGAUUUGCCGUCUCUUCAUUCGGUCCGCUUGCCCCGAUUCUAG